CCCAAGUUUACUACUUUGGCUAGGACCGAUCAGACUGUUUAAGAGUACAUACAACGUUAGAAGGUUAAAGGAUGAAGGAGAUCUCACCUUGGUUCCAAGUAUGUGACCUGAGGAGAGGAAAGAAAAUUGCACGAGGUGGCUUUUAAGCCAUCCUCUGCGUCCAUCAACAUGGAAGCAUCAGGCAAUCCUUUAGGGAAAUGUCUGUGUGCAAGAAAUUCAAUUCAUAGGACUCAAUGGGCAGUCCGCAGCGUACAAAGAAAAACAAGGAACUUCAACAAAUUCCGUUUGAGUAGAUGAUUAUGUUGUCCAGGCAAGUGUCAACCCAAUUUCCAUUAAUGAUAUACCGAUCACAUGUAGUCAUGUGCCAAGUGCUAUAUAUAUAUGGAGGAUAGCGGCGUUGGCCGAAUUCACCAUCGCUGAAUUCACCAAUGUCUAUGCCCAAGGAAUUCGAAAGUUUUUCGGAUCUGGUUCAAGAUGCUUUGGACGACUUUGGGCCCCAGGAUGAGUCUUAUUUUUACCGAGUCCUCAUUGAGACAGUGCAGAAAUUUGGCCCCUGGAGAAAGGAUCUUGUGCCAGACCUUGUGCUGAGUCCGAUGUCACAUCUGCCCACUUUCAAAGCACGAGUAGGCAGAGAAAUCUUUCCAUUGAUCAUUUCUUCUAUGCUGCUGGUUCACACUCACUGGUUAGGUUGUCAUCAGUACACUUUCGAUUCAAGCCUAUCCGGUGGCACCCUUACAUUUGAUAAGAGCAACAGGCGGACCGUCCAGUACUGGUUAGGCAAUGUUAUAGAUCGCCUUACUGCAUUAUGCAGGGAGCCCCCCAAUCUCCUUCAACUUGGUUCUACCUCCUGCCCCAUUCUUCCUGAUGCCCAAGUCCCCACUUUACAACACCUCAUCAACCAUGCGGUACAUCUAGAAACGAACUCCCAGCACCUAAUCAGUCACAUUUAUUAUUGUGCGGCCACUCUGAGAGAGAUGUGUGAGGUAGGACCACUGGAGUUUUUUAGCGACAAUACAGAAAGCGAAAUUCUGCCUCACCACCAAACAGUAUGCCUCCUUCUUAUCCCAGUUAUUCCUAUGUCAGCCCCCUCAUAA